AUGCGUCGCUUGGAAACCAUAUCAAGCCACGUUGGUUUCCGUCGCUUUUGCCAUCUGCAGCGCCGUGGUGAUGCGGUGGUUCUCAUAUUGCACCAUGAGCUGCUGAACGCGCUAACGGUAGACAUGCGGGCCGCGCUUCUACACUUUUUCAACGAGGCCGAUAAUGAUAGCUCUGUGAAGUGUAUUAUAAUCGCCGGUGAGGGUGGAGCAUUUUCUUGUGGUAUCGAUAUUAAUGAUUUUGCUGCCUCCUUGGUUGACACCACCAAAGAAAACGGGGUAAGGAUCCCCAGCUUGCCGUCACUUACUACCAGAAUAGAACAAAGUGACAAGGUAGUUAUUGCGGCAACAAGCGGGAUCACAUAUUCAGGCGGCUUGGAGUUGGCACUCGCAGCCCACUAUAGGGUUGCUUCCCCCACUUCCGUGUUUUGUAUGCCGGAGGUUAAGUUGGGUAUUGUGCCGUGUGGUGGAGCGACGCAGCGACUGCCGCGGCUGAUUGGUGUGCGUGCAGCUCUCGACAUUAUCAGCACUGGAAGGAAGGUGAGUGCAAAGGAGGCAUUGCGUCUAGGUCUUAUUGAUCAUCUCACGUCAUCACCCCAUGAAGAGAGGCGAGAUCAAGAUGUGAAUGGAGUAAGUGCACAGGGGCCGUUCUGUUGUACCGAUCCGAAUGGAAAUUUGGAAAGUGCCAUCGAGGCAGCCCUGCGGUUGUCCGCGCGGUGGACCAAACCGCGACGCAUUUCUUGUGAUGCGACGAAGCUGGGCAUUAUGCUCUACAAUUCUAUUUUAUUCCGGCGCGUGGGAAGUGAGAUAACGAAGAAGGCCCCCAAAGAGGUUAGCGCCCCGCUACAGUGCCUGCAGGCAAUCCGGGCGGCCACCAACUCUGCAUCCUUUAAGGAAGGUCUUGCAGAGGAGACGAGAAUAUUUAAGCAAACACUACAUUCACCUGAGGCACAUGCAAUGCAGCAUUUACUCCGCUCAUCCUACACUGUGCUUAGUGACACACUCCCAACACUGCCAGUGAGAGCUGGAACGGGACUACAGCAGCAGCGGCUCCGCAAGUUGGCUGUUGUCGGGUGCGGUGUUGUUGGCAUUGGCAUCGUCAUUAUGGCACUGCGUGCUGGUUCGCAGGUGGUACUCUUGGGUGAAGACGACAAUGAGUGCGAAUAUGCGCUUCAUGUCAUAAAGUCAGAACUGCCGAACGAUGCCUUGGGUUACAAUAUUAGCGCGGAUUGUGUAAAUAUGUACCUUAAUAAUUUGAAAGUUUUGCCGUAUCAUGGCGACCUUCAGACAGUGCUUCAAGAUGUAGAUGUCAUGGCGGAGUGUAUUGUUGGUGAUUUGGACACUAAACGGCAGGUGUUCACCAUGUUGACUGAUUUGUGUCCCCCCCAUUGUGUGUUGGCAACUUGUUGUUCCUCGCUCGAACUCAGGGAGUUCGUGAAGGUUUCACGAAGGCCAGAAAAGGUUGUUGGAAUGUACUUUGCUCCCCCUGUGCAUAAUGUACCGUUCCUUGAAGUUACACGGGGGUACCGAACAGAUCACACAACACUACAGCGGGCCAUUCAUGUUGGAAGAUUAUUUCACAAAGCGACGAUCCUUACCAGGGACGUUGGCUUCAGUAUUAUUUCUCGAAUAUUCUUUGCGAUUCUUUAUCAGGCGCUCUCCAUGUUAGAGCAAGGUGCAUUUCCUGUUGAUAUCGACCGCGCGAUGAGGCAUUUCGGUUUCCGGUUAGGCAUAUUUGCGAUGGAGGAUCUUGCAGGACUUCAAGUAGUGUCCCAGAUACUUAACUCUCUUAGGGUUCGAGAGGGAUGUAGCGGUGUUCGCUCUCCCUGUCCACCCACUGAUGUUUUCACCAUUCACCGCCGGUUGGUGGAGAUGGGCCAUUUUGGACAAAAGACAGGGCGGGGUUGGUACACAUAUGAGGAAGGGGAUUUGUUUUCGUCUUUGGCUGCAUGGCGACAGCGGUUGAUUGGCUCAGCAUCAAAUAGCACGAAGAACACGUAUGGGGUUUGGUCCAAAGGAGGAGCCUCGCUUAUGCGUCGGCCUUAUCAGGAUCGUGAUGUUGAGUUAUUGAUUCUCGAUGUGUGUCGUGAGAAAAAGAUAAUGCGCCGUGAUAUAAGUCGGAAAGAGAUGAUUGAACGCAUUCUCUUUGCCGCUGUGAAUGAGGCAGCCAUGCUUUUGCGUGAGGAGGCGGUUAGUAGUUCAUCUGCCAUUGAUAUCGCGACAACUUUUGGACACGGUUUCCCUGCUUGGAGGGGUGGACUGUGUUAUUACGCGGACAAAUUCGGUCUUCCGAAUGUUGUGCAUCGCAUGCGAAUUUACAACAAAACCUUUGGUGAUGCCUUGUUUCCACUCCCUUGCGAGGAACUGCGUCAAAUGGCGUCAUCUCAACAGACAUUUCGUUCCACGUGGCCGUAA